ACCUCCCAUAGUAAGCGGCACACCAAGAGCCACACCCUCUGCAGGCGGUGUGGAAACCGCGCCUUCCACAAGCAGCACAAGGAGUGCGCGCAAUGUGGCUACCCCAGUGCUAAGCUGCGAUCGUACGAGUGGGGCCAGAAGGCCAAGCGCCGAAAGACGACUGGUACCGGCAGGAUGCGCUACCUCAAGCAUGUGUCGAGGCGCUUCAAGAACGGUUUCAGGGAGAACACUACGGCUGUGAAGAGGACCAAGUCGAAGCCGUCUGAGGCAUAG